ACUGCAAUGUCCCAAAAACGGGACACAAACUCUUACCCAGAUGGGUUCUGGGCUCGAAAUACGAGCGAACUACAGGAGCUUCUUCAAGAUGAGGAAAAAAUGGAUCAGAUGGUGCGACUCAAUGAAAAGUUCCAGGAGCUCCAGGUGGACAGAGAGAUGCUGUUGACCACCAAUCGUAGCCUUGCAGAGGAGAGUCUGUCACACCGUCCUCGGCUUCAGAAUGGCAAGCUCCAGCUGGCAGCAAAAUAUGAGCAGCUAGCUGUGUUGACCACUGCCUGCAGGGAAAAACAGAGCCGACUUGAGACCCACAUGCAGAAGCAUAGCCCACAGACAGCCCAGAAUCUUCUCCAAGAGGAGGUGGCCCGGGCUGAGGAGCAGUCGGAGGAUCUUCUUGAGAAGUUCAUGGAGGGUCAGGUUCCCCUGGAGGGAUUCUUGGAAUCUUUCCAAAGCUUCAGGAAGAUGUACCACAUCCGCAGGGCUCAGGUGGAAAAAAUGCAGGAGUUCAACAGGCCCGCAAGAAAGCACAGGAAAGCUGAGGAGGAGGAGGAGGAGGAGGAGGAAGGAGAAGAAAGGAAGAAGAAGCUGGAGCAAAGGGAGCCCCGCCCGAACGGCAUAGCUCCCCACGCGCCUCCGAGGGUCUUCCAGGUCAGAUACGGCCUCACACCUGCUAUUCUCGUGCCUGCCUCCACCCAUUUCCCCCUCCCGACGUCCGUGGCUGCUCCCCAUGCCGCUAGCCUACCUCCUCUGGACUCACGGUCAAGCCAGUCCCAGGCUUCGGGGCCUGCUGGCCUCCACUCUUGCCCCGGUCAGCCCGUGGGCCUCAGAGUGAUAGGACAAAUUCCCAGCUGGUCCGGCAGACCGGUCCGGCUCCAGCAGCUGUACCGACCCAGUCCUCAUCAGACUGAACCUCCCUAUCGAUAA